AUGCCCUCCGAAGCUGGUCCUCCUUUCUCAGAGCCCAGCGCAGACAUCAUUCUCUGCUCGUCCGACGAUGUCCUCUUCAGAUUGCAUCGGAUCAUCCUUUCGCUUGCCUCUGACUUCUUCAGAGACAUGCUCAGUCUCCCACAACCUUCAAGCCGGGAUGAUACUGCGUCAGGCGGGGACGAGGAGCUUGACGGGCUACCACUUCUGCGUGUCGAAGAGCCAAGCGAUGUUCUCGACCGUCUGUUCCGACUAUGCUACCCAGUGGACGACCCGGCCCUCGACACAAUACACGCUGUCCGCUCGACCCUCGAAGCAGCCAGGAAGUAUCAGAUGGCGGAGGCAGCCAACAUCGCCAAGAAUCGCUUGCGCUCAUUCACCGUUAAUGAUCCCCUUCGAGUGUAUAUGCUCGCAUGCCAUUUCGGGUUGGAGGAUGAGGCGGCGGCGGCGGCCGUGGAGGUGUAUAAACAGAAGGUGCAGCACAAGUACGUCGAGGAAUUGCAGGAUGUGCCCAUCGGCGCAUACCACCGUCUCCUUGUCUACUGCGACCGCCGCGGGCGUGUGCCGGCCCGCUUCAAGUUCACCUUCUUCCAUCGCGCGCUCGGAUGGAACGACCCCAUGUCCACUGCGUACAGCACCCCCGCCCUCACAGAAGUGCCCCUUCCACCCGAGGAAAUUUCAGGCCCAAUGAUCGCCUCCCAUCCGUUCGAUAUGCAAGAGGCGGAUGUCGUUGUGGAGACCGCCGACGGCGUUCAAUUCCGCGUUUUCAAGACCAUCCUCCAGUUGGCGUCCCCCGUCCUCUCAUCACGCCUCUCCUCGUCGUCCGCGGGUCGCUUGAUCGUCUCGGAACCGAGCCGCAUCUUCACGAUCUUACUGGAGCUCUGCUAUCCCACUGCCUACCCGCCACUUACCGACCUCUACGACAUCGGCGCCGCUCUCACCUCUGCCGAAACGUACCAAAUGGCCGGGCCCGCCGCCACCCUCCGCGGCGCGCUUGCGGCGCGCAAAGACGACCCCUCCGCCGACCCCGUCGUCCUGUACGCCGUCGCUUCGCAGUUCGCCAUGCGCGACCUCGCCAGCGCCGCUGCGCGACGGACGCUCCGCACGGACCUCAUGAAGGCUCCCAUCUCGGAGCUCGACGCACUAGGCGUCUCGGGAGUCCGGCUCUACUGGUUACUUGAGUAUCACCGCCGGUGCCGCGCCGCGGUGCACCGUAUACUCAAGAAUCACGACUGGCUGCCGGCCGACAUGCGCGCACAGCUGCAAAGCUGUUGCCCGAGGCCCUACUCGCUUCCAGAGAUGCCAUGCUGGUUCGACGUGUACGUUGCGCGCCUGGCGGAGCCCUCUUGGCCGCGGCCAGAAGCAGCGAUGGAUGAAGUGCUGCUGAAGUCGGUGAUGGAGUGGCAAAUACGGUGCAUGAACUGCGACCCCGUUCAAAGCACGUUCACGUUGCUCGCGUUCAGUCGCUGUCUGGUGGAGAAGAUGGAGAAUGCGGAAAAGGCGGUACAGCUGGAAUGGUACACCAGCCCUCAAAUCUCUCCAUCGGGUGCACCCUGA